CCUAAAUAUACUUGUGCCAUGAAAACACCUGCAACUGCAAGUUCCAUAUUGUUCAAGGUUAACAGACGUGAACCUGAGCUCAUAGCUCCGUCAAAGCCGACACCUCAUGAAUUUAAGCCACUGUCGGACAUCGACGACCAAGAAAGUCUCCGUUUCCAUAUUCCCUUCAUACAAAUCUAUCGUCAUGACUCCUCCAUGCAAGGUAAGGACCCCGUCAAGGUGAUUCGCGAGGCAAUCGGUAAAGCACUAGUGUUUUACUAUCCGUUUGCCGGUAGACUUAGAGAAGGACUUAACCGCAAGCUUACGGUGGAAUGCACCGGUGAAGGAGUGUUGUUUAUUGAGGCUGAUGCUGAUUUUGAUCUCCAACACUCCGGUAAUGUACUUCAACCUCCAUUUCACUUCUUAGACGAGUUCCUUUUCGAUGUACCCUGUUCAAAUGGAGUCAUAAAUUGCCCUCUGCUACUUAUUCAGGUGACACGCCUCACAUGUGGCGGUUUUAUUUUUGCCCUCCGACUCAAUCACACCAUGUCCGACGGCGUUGGCAUAGUUCAAUUCAUGACAGCAAUUGGUGAACUAGCCCGCGGAGAACUUUCCCCUCGUAUCCUCCCAGUAUGGGAAAGACAAGUCCUUAGUGCGAGAAAUCCACCAAUGACUACAUGCAUACAUAGAGAAUAUGAUGAUUUUACCACAGCAAUCCCAUUUCCACUCGAUGACUUAGUUGAUCGAGCAUUCUUUUUCGGACCCAAUGAAAUAGCCACUCUUCGAAGCUAUGCUCCUCCUCAUCUUCGUCAAUGCACUUCUAUGGAAAUAUUGACAGCAUGUCUUUGGAAAUGUAGAACUAUUGCGCUUCAACCGAACCCCAUGCUAGACAUGCGAAUGAUAGUCCUUAAUAAUGCGGGUAAAAAAUUUAAUCCCGAGUUAAUGCCAAAAGGGUACUAUGGCAAUGGAUUUACCCUUUCGACGACAGUAUCCACCGCUGGAGAACUCAUUAAAAAUCCUAUAGGAUAUGGAUUAGAAUUAAUUAGAAAGGCUAAAGCAGAGAUGACCAGAGAGUAUGUGCAAUCAGCAUCGGAUACGCUAGUGAUUAAGGGUCGACCUUGUUUUCCGAUGGAGGGGACGUUUAUAAUAUCGGAUGUGAGACAUUUAGGGUGGAGAGAUGUAGAUUUUGGAUUGGCAAAGACUUUGAAUGGAGCAGGUAGCAUGUACAACAAGGAUACCUAGAACAAAGGAGUUAUUAUUUCUUCGCUCUGUGUUGUAUCAAAUCUGUUGAUAGAAGAGUUUUCUUAGGAAUUUCAGUGGCAUUUUUUAUUUCUUGCUACCUAUGUUAUGAAUAUUUGUCAAAUAUGAUUUUUUGAAUUUGACAUUCAGUCCCACAAA